GUGAUUAUCCUCUUCAGAACCGAACUUGCAGGAUUGCAUAAGAGAAGCCAUCUGCUCUUUUUAAGGAAACUGUGGUUAAGCCAUUUUCAGGUUCUUUGAGUGAAAUGAUCUAGUGCUGAAUCCUCUCACAUGUGACUGUUUAUUCUUGUCUUGUCCUUGUGUUUUGCAGAAUGCCAUCUUCCUUGAGAAAUCAGAUUCUCAGGACCAGGAAGUAAACGCUGCUUUCAGGCCGUUCAGGCUCUAGGGUUGGAAAUACCAAGUAUGAAAUUAACGUAUAUGAUGCUGGAAACUUGUAGAGAUGAACUGCUCAUGACUCAACGGCGUAAUACAGGUGUAUCUUUUAAGUUCUUAUCAAGAGAACAACAAUGAAGAAAACGAUGGGUCAAGACAACAGGUGGAAAACUCCCUAGGAGAGAGCCACAGAAAUGUACACUUCGGAAGAGAGAGAGAAUCAGAGAACUCAGAAAGCGAAAAUAUAUCAUGUGUGCCCUCAGGAGGGCCGAAAGAUUCUUAUUCAUGUGCAUGAGAUUACUCAGAUAGAUGACCACGUAUACCAGUGCCUUGAAUGUGAGCAAAGCUUCUGUGAAAACCUGGCUCUUAUUAUGUGCGAGAGAACCCCCGCUGGGGAGAAACCUCAUCGAUGUGAUAUGUGUGAGAAAACCUUCAGCCAGCGCUCAGAUCUCGUUUCCCACCAGAGGCUCCACAAUUAUGAGAAACCGUAUAAGUGCAGCAAAUGCGAGAAGAGCUUCUGGCACCACCUAGCCCUUUCCGGACACCAGAGAACACACGCAGGUAAAAAGUUCUACACCUGCGAUAUCUGUGGCAAGAAUUUUGGCCAGAGCUCUGACCUGCUCGUCCACCAGCGGAGCCACACGGGCGAGAAACCGUAUCUGUGCAGCGAGUGCGACAAGUGCUUCAGCCGGAGCACGAACCUCAUCCGGCACCGGCGGACGCACACCGGCGAGAAACCGUUCAAGUGUCUGGAGUGCGAGAAGGCUUUCAGUGGGAAGUCGGAUCUCAUCAGCCACCAGAGGACUCACACCGGGGAGAGGCCAUACAAGUGUAACAAGUGUGAGAAGAGCUACCGACACCGGUCCGCCUUCAUCGUGCACAAGAGAGUGCACACCGGCGAGAAGCCCUACAAGUGCGGCGCCUGUGAGAAGCGCUUCGGCCAGAAGUCCGACCUCAUCGUGCACCAGCGGGUGCACACGGGCGAGAAGCCCUACAAGUGCCUGCAGUGCAUGCGCAGCUUCACCCGCAGCGCCAACCUGAUCCGGCACCAGGCCACCCACACGCACACCUUCCGGUGCCUGGAGUACGAGAAGGGCUUCGGCUGCGCCUCCGACCUCAUCGUGCGCCAGCGGAUUCACGUGGAGGAGAAGCCCCGCCCGUGGCCUGCGCGCGACAGCGGCUUCCUCCUGGGCAUGGGCUUUGUCGCCCAGCCGAGGGCGAGGACUCACACCGAGGAGCCCCCCGGCGGCGGCUGCGAUAGGGGCUCCCGCGAGGGCCCCGCCCGCCUCCAGCAGAGGACACCUGGGACGAUACUGGCCUCUGUGGUAGCUGUUCUGCUCGACGUGCCCUCCCUGCGUCGCUCCCCGGGCGGGGGCGCCAGCAAGCCCUCGGUGAGCAUGGAGACCUGGGCUGUGAGCGGGGACGUUGGCCGCCGCCUCCAGCAUGCCUGA